GUAACGUCAUCUAUUGGAUAGAGUGCAAACUUGACUGCAAUAAUCUAUUCUUGAAUGCAACGCGUGUCACACUUCUUCACCUUCUUACGUUACUUUCAUUUUGGCAACAUUUAUAUAUAUAUAUAUAUCGUGUGAACAUACGUUCUAUGAUGAUCCCGCCGUACUACAGUGUCGCGAUCAAGACGUUUCCUCUCCGACAGAACGCGUAUCACACUCGCUUAUUGAAUUUAUCUGAUGUAAAAGAACACGCGCAACAUUUCCGUGACGAUGAAAGCUCGAAGCCUUGGUCAUUAAUGAGAAAAAUCCUAUCCAAGCAAGACGCAACGUAACCUCUACAGUAACCACGCUUGGCUGUUCAUUGACAGCAGGUAGCGGUUAUUAAUAACAGACAUUCCUGCGAUCAUUUGAUUCUGCAAACGCAACGCAAGAUGAAAUUUAAUCGCGAUAAACAGAUAUUAAAAUGAAUGUCGAGACGUUGCGGCGUAAUUUUUAAACGCCGGAGAAUGCGAGCGGCGUAAAAUGGAGCAAAACGUAACAGAGACGAAUUUAUUGAAUCAAGAUGAACAAGCGAAGAAAGAAGAGUCAUGGUUGAUGGCUCAAAGUGCAGAUGAAAACCAACAGCAGCAGACACAAAAUACAUCCAUAUUCUACAAACUUGAUAAUAACACGGUAUCUACGGGUGAGUUGAGUGAAUUGCCAGCAAAUACAAAGUGGUGGAAAGACACAUCUACCGAGGAUAUAAAAUUAACAUCAGAACCUGUAACUAUACUUGUAGAAACUUAUCCAUUAAUAGAACGUGCUGUGGAUAUACAAUCAUCAGAUUUACCUCAAAACUCAUUAAUAUUGAAUGAUGUUUCUAGAAAAGAAUCUAUGAAAAAAUUAAUAAAAUGUAAACAAAAGAAAGCAAGAUCAUUAAAAGAGUCUAAAGAAUCUAUAAAACGUGCAAAGCAUCCUGAGAAUUGGAAAGUAAAUGUAAAGAAAAAUGCUAGAUUAAGAGGAGAGGAAUAUAUUGGAGUUGGAGGUAAGAUAGUACCAGCUAAGACAAUGGGACCACCCUGUAAUUGUCGCAUGCACUGUGCAGAUAAGAUAGAUGAGGAGGAACGCGAAGAAUUGCAUAAAGUCUUCUGGAAAACGUGUACGUGGGAACAACGUAAACAGUAUAUCGCGCUCUCUGUCAAAGAAUCCCCGAAACAGCGUACUCGUUGUCGCGGUAAUGUCAAGUCGGAGCAUCGCCGGCAGGUGACAUUUACUUAUUCUCUCUUGUUGAAGGGUGAAUUUAUCACUGUGUGCAAGUCCAUGUUUCUCAGCACAUUCGCAGUAUCCGAGAAAUUCGUGCGACAUGUGAUGGAUAAGAAACGUACAUCGCCAGGUGGUAUUAUAGGACCAGAUCAAAGAGGCAGGCAUACACCGAAAACAAAGAAAAGUGAAGAUGUAAAAGAUCGAGUGCGCGAACAUAUCAAGUCUUUCCCGGCGGAGAGAUCAACGGAUUCUAAGGAUCGUUCUGGUAAAUGUUAUUUGGACUCGAGAUUGAGCAUAGCUGCAAUGCACAAAUACUAUGUCUUAAAGUGCAAACAAGACGGUGUGCCCGAAAGUGAUAUAGUGAAAGAAAGUUAUUACAGAGAAAUGUUUAAGACAGAAUUUAAUCUCGGAUUUAAACGCAUAUAAAUUAAAGAAAAAAAAAUAUUGCCGGACAUUAGUAUGAGCGAAGAAGAAUGUGAAAAACAGAUUCUCUAGUUAUACAACAAAAUUACCGUUUUCAAUUUAAGCUAGAAAUUAUAGAUUUAUUAAUAUAAUAUUUAUAAACUUGUUACACUUGGCAUUAGUUUAGAUAUUUUACCUCAUUUAAGGUCAUUUAAAAUAUUUACAUUACAUCAUUUAAAAUAUUUACAUUAGAUAAUAAAAUGCCAUUGAUUACAAUGGUAACUUCCAUUCUUCACAGCAAGUAUAACACACACACACACGCACAUACACACACACACACAUACACACACACACAGACAUAUACAUAUAAUACAUAUUGCAAUUUGUAUGUUUUACCUUUUCAAUAGUAAGUACCUUUUCAAUAGUAAGUUUGAGAUCUUACUAUUUUUUAACUGAUUAUAUUAUAUAUACAUAACAGUUCCUAUUAUAAAAAUU